AUGCAAGCUUAUCGAUAUGAGAAGAGCGAUGGAAUCAUCCAAAAGAGAACAAUCCCCAUUCCCGAACCUGGCGCCAACGAAGUUCUCAUUGCUGUGAAAGCCGCUGGACUCUGUCACUCAGACCUCCACAUCCUACAUGGUGGCUUGGAAAAUCUCAAGCCAUAUGGUGUCCAUCCUCCUCUCACAUUGGGUCACGAAGUCGCUGGAAUCAUCAGCAAGCUGGGACCUGGAGUGACAUCGUUCAAGCCUGGAGACAGGGUAUCAGUAGCACAAGUUGGCUACCCAAAAGAAGAGGCGGCUUGGGAAACAUCCGUCGGUCUCGGCGUCGAUGGCGGUCUUGCAGAAUAUGUUAUCGCACGCGUUCGUCAGGUGGUUCAUGUCCCUGCGAAUGUCCCGCUUCAUCUUGCAGCCGUUGCUACUGAUGCAGUUAGCACGGCAUAUCACGCAGUGGUCGCCGAAGCUGAAGCCGGGCCUGGUCGAAACAUUGCGAUCAUAGGUCUAGGCGGCCUCGGUCUCAACGGCAUCGUAGCUGCUUCACUAAAAGGUGCCAACGUCUACGGAUUCGACAUCGACACGAACAAAUUCGAGGCGGCUCGCAAAUGCGGUGCUAUUGCUUGUCACCAGAGCUUGACCGAUGUGGACGACGACUUCUUCGAUUCUAUCAUCGAUUUCGCUGGUGUCGGUAAAACUACCGCUUCGGCCAUCGAGCGCAUCAGAGUCGGUGGAGCUGUGGUUCUGGUUGGUUUGGGAGUGAAUGAAGCAACUCUGCCGACUUCACUUCUGACUAUGAAAUCGGUUCACCUCAGAGGAUGCAUGGGUGCUAGUCUCCAGGAGUACCGAGAAGUCUUGAGGCAUAUCGAAGCCGGGGAGAUUGAUCCAGUCACAGAAGAGAUCGGGUUUGACGGCGUUGCAGAUGGCCUCGCAAAAUUGGCUGCCGGCAAGAUCUCUGGUCGCCUUUGGACGAAUCCUUCAGCCAAGAGACGGGCUUGA